GGGCUGAUAAAGCCCACAUGGGCUGAAUAUGGGCCAUCAGCCCAACAACUACCACUCCAGGGAGAAACGGAAGGACCAGUUUACGGUCUUCUACGGCGGAAAGGUGGUGGUUUUCGACAAUAUUCCGGCGGACAGAGCCAAGGAUCUGAUGCUGAUGGCAAGUAAAGACACCACUUGCAACUUGAUGACACUGCAACCCCAAGCCAAUAAUUCUUCUGAUAUGCCCAUAGCGAGAAGGAACUCCCUCCAUCGAUUCCUGGAGAAGAGGAAGGAUCGGAUGGGCAAGGCACCAUACCAAGUCCAUGGCGGCUCGGAGGUGGCGAAGACGGAGGAAGACCAGCCGUGGCUCAGCUUGGGUCGACGAGUUCCGGAGGCAGGAAGCACUUUUCUUCAUGUGUAGCCUUCCGGUGUUUCCGGUUCCUUAACGAGUAUACUAUAUAUAUACGUAUACUCGGGUUUGAUUCCACCUACGUCUGAAUUUGAUUAGAGGUUGAUGAUGGUAAUAUUUUGGAUGAAUAAUUGUGAAAAAUGAAUGGGCAUGGGAGUGCAGAAUCUGACGUAA